GUAUUUAAUAUUUUAAGGAAAAAUUUAUGACCAGUAAAGAGAAAAAUGGAUCAAAAUUUAUAUUAACACUUUACACUAUUAAUAUUUAUUAAUACUGUAUAACUGAUUGGUGUAAAGCUAAUGGCAUAUCAGGGACCAUCAUAUGGACUGAGCCGAGAGUGUCUACUAAAGUCUCAGUCCAAAUUUGACAUGAAAUUAGGGCUUCAGGCUCUUCAAUGGAUGCGUGUUAUAACAUCACUACCUCUUGAAGCACUCAAUCCAGAGGUUGGCUUUAGAGAUCAGUUUGAUUUUGCUGACUGUCUUAAGGAUGGAAUAGCUCUUUGCACACUCAUAAAUAUUCUUAGACCGGGAUCUGUAUCUAAAAUCAAUGAAACUAAAGCACCGUUCAAACAGAGAGAAAACUUAGAAAUGUUUCUUAAAGGAUGUGAAUUAUAUGGACUUAAAGGUCACGAUUUGUUUCAAGUGAACGACUUAUACGAACGCAAAAACCUUUAUAUGGUAGUCAACUGUUUAUUUGCUUUGGGAGGACUGGCUCAGAAAAAUCACUUCAAUGGACCAGUGAUUGGAGUGAAAGUCGCCAAUCAAAACAAGAGAGGCUUCACUAAAGAGGUCUUAAAUAAAGGCGAAUCAGUAAUUGGUUUACAGUCCGGCACUAAUAAGGGCGCCAAUCAGUCCGGAAUGACCCCUUACGGCACUACCCGACAAAUCUAUAUGGCUGAUUACCGAUAAAUAUAUUUAUAUUUAAUAGUUAUUUACUAUUA